AAUCAGAGAGCGAAGUAUUUUAGUGCAAGUAUAACAUGAUACAUGGUAGGUCAUGGUGAGGCUUUACUUGUGUACUUUACUUUUUCCAAGAAAUUAUAGAUUUACUUAUGAAUUAAAAACUAAAAUAUUAUGUACAGGCUAUCUGAAAUUUGUCUAAAAUUAAAUGAAUAUAGUUACAUUUAAAGCUGAGGAGGUGGUGUAUAAAAAAAGAGUGUAAAAUAUUUUAAUUUAAAACUUAACUAGAGUUUUAGCUUACAUUUAUAUUAUUUAUUCAUAUUUAGACACAUUUAUGUCACAUUGUAUUCCGUUAAAACUCUCGCCGGAACUUAAAUUUUGAAAUCGUUUGUUUCAUCCGGCGUUUUUUUAAGAAGCACCCUUUAACAAAAUGGCUGCCGGGUGUAUUACAAAAUGGCUCCGUAUCCCCUAAGUAGGUGGACUAUAUAGGGUAGAAGUAACAAGUCUUAACCGCGCGAGCUCUAGUGCACUUGGGUUGAAUAGGGAGGCAUUUGGGAUGCAGCCUAACUAGCUUUUCUGAGCGUACACUCUGCUCUAUGGUUUAUUAAAUUGUAUUUUAGCUAGCCUUUAAAGCUAAUGUCUACUGAACUGUUAGAAAGUUAGCUAACUAGUUAGCAUGCAAGAUAAAUUAGCGGUCCUAGCCUGAAUUCGUACAACCUUCUCAAGGAUAUGUUUGUACUUAAAUGUACAAUAUUUUAAAAUCUGAGAAUUUAUAUUUUAUUUACGAGUAGCUAACAUUCCAGCUAGGAUAAAAUCGAUGACAGUUUAGCCGGAGGCUUGUGGUUUCUAUAGAAACGGCUGCAGGAUCCAGUAUGUGAAGGACAGAAAGAGGACAUUUGGGUUUCGGUCACUUUGAGAUUUUUCUUUUUUAAAGCGCAGUCAUGGUGCUGAAGAUUUUCUUCCCACGAUGCUGCAGCGUGGCCGACAGCGGUCUGCUCGUGGGCCGCUGGAUCCCGGGCCAGGACUCGGCCGUGGUGCUCGCCGUCGUUCACUACCCCUUCAUCCCCGGCCAGGUGAAGAAGUACCUGAGCGAGCUGUGCAGCCAGAUUCAGGUGGAUCUGACCGUUCUGGGGUCGUGGAGCUUAUCCAAGGACGGCCAGGAGGAAAUGGACGGCUUCUUGAAGGACCUCAGCACCAUCUUCCCUCACUCGCGCUGGCUGCAGCUGAGCCGCCAACCCGGAAAGAGAGGCUUCGCUUGUGAGGUGGUGCGCAAAAACGGCCACGCGCCAGCAAGCGACGAGGAAGACAAAAUCAUCUUCGUUCAUUACGAUCAGAGGAAGGUUAUGCUCUCUCAGCUUCAUCCUGUCCAUGAAAACGGUGCUGAUGUGGAGUCUUCAGAGCUACGUGCGGUUUUCCACACAGUUUCCCAGAGCGAGCCGCUGUUCCUCCUCGACAAAUACGACGACGGGCCACUGAAGCUGACCCACUGGCAGUCGGACGGCAGGGAGGCGAGCAUCAUCGUGGAACUGAUCAAGCAAGCCUCCGUCCCUGUCUGCAUGCUCCUCACCUUACUGGUGUGCUGGUGGAAAAGGCUGUGUAGCUUCAGGGUGCUGAAUAUUUGGCCGGUGCGCUUCAUUUCCAGCAAACUGUCCACCUGCGUUCAGGCGGGAUACAGGACGGAUCAUUUUCAAACCGUCUUCUCGACCAGGAAAGCCACGACGCACAUGGACUUCAUGAGGAAGGCGAACAUUUUUGUGUCCUUCUUUGUGGACAUUGCUCUGGGGCUGCUGCUGAUCUCGUGGCUCUACAGAGAGAACCGUAUCAGCCACCUCGCUAACACCUUAAUGCCAGCUGCUGAUCACGUAGCCAAGGAGCUGCAGGACCUGCUGGAGUGGCUCAUGGGCGCCCCCGCUGGUCUGAAGAUGAAUCGCGCUCUAGACGAGGUUCUGGGGAGAUUCUUCCUCUACCAUAUCCAUCUGUGGAUCAGCUACAUCCGUCUGAUGUCUCCCUUUAUCGAAAUGAUCCUGUGGUACGUUGGACUGUCCGCCUGCCUGGGCUUGACCUUUGCCCUUUCCGUGCUGUCGGACAUUGUGGCGCUUCUGACCUUCCACAUCUACUGCUUUUAUGUGUACGGAGCCAGGCUCUACUGUCUGAAGAUCUACGGCUUGUCGUCUCUCUGGAGGCUUUUCCGUGGAAAAAAGUGGAACGUCCUGAGACAGCGCGUGGACUCCUGCUCCUACGACCUGGACCAGUUGUUUCUCGGGACUCUGCUCUUCACCAUCCUGCUGUUUCUGCUCCCUACUACCGCUCUGUAUUACCUGGUCUUUACUCUGCUGCGGCUGGUGGUGGUGAUGUUCCAGGGUCUGAUCCACCUCAGCGUAGACUUCAUCAACUCCUUCCCGCUGUUCGCCAUGGGGCUGCGCGUCUGCAGGCCGUACAGACUGGCCGAGGGAGUGAAAUUCCGCGUGCUGCAUGAAGAGCCCGGCGCGCCGCUUCACCUGCUGAUGGAGAUUAACCCUCUGCAGUGCAGUUCGGUGCUGCAGUGUUACCGCAUCGAGACAUCCGGCUGCUCGUCCAGAGACUCGUGGCUCGCUUUGUGUAAGAAGCUUUUUGUAGGAGAGCUCAUUUAUCCCUGGAGGCAGAAAAGCACCAAGACUGACUGAUACACACCUGAGACUCUCCUAAGCUCUUCUACACUCCCCACGACCCCGUGACCCCGUGACCCCGCGACCCCACGACCAGCCUGACGACACGCCGACUUCCAGCACUCGCUGUGUAAGAUGGAAUCGGAGAUGUCUGUGUUUUUUUACUGAACCGAAUGGACUUUCUCUCGUGGUCUGGUAUUUCUCAUUCAGGCACUACUGAGUUAAUAUUUUAAUCCUAGUCUUAAUAAAUACUAACAGAAAUCAAGAUCUUGAUUAUAUGUUACUAAAUUAUUGAUUUAUUGUUGAUUAUACACUAUUUCGGUAAGUUUACUUGAAGUGUUCUGUUUUUCCGAAUAUAAAAGGUGCCAUUUUUAAUGAUCAGCAGUUCUGAUAGACAAAAUUUCCACAUCUACACGCAGAAAAAAAAAAAAAUUCUCAACGUCUUCACUGUACAGAUAAAAAACUGAAAUAAUAAUAAUAAUAAUAAUAAUAAUGUAGUGAUUUAUCUUGUCUUAUCUCUUGUAUCUCAGCUGAACAAAAGGAAAAACCAGUACUGAUUCAUUCACCUUAGUGAUUCGUUCAAACAGAAUGAAUCAUUUGUAAAUGAAUCAUUUCUACCUCAGGUGCAGUUUGUGCUGAACAUCACACACUGCUCCUUUAUAGUUCACGACUCGUGCCAAGUUGUUUAAUUCUCUGUGUUGCUGUGUUAAUCAGAGACGCAUUAGCAUAUUAAUUGAGCUGGAUGAAUCAGAUUGUACAUUUCUGUCGUCUCAAAAUUAAUUCCCUUGUGAUUUAUAUUUGCAUUAUCUCUUUAUAAAGUGAUUACGCAAA